AAAACGACGACGCCUCUCUUCAUCGUAAAACAGAUGAUGGCUUCCACCGAGAACCUGAUCGGAGCAAAAGGAGAUUCUCCACGUGUCGUCUUAUAUACCGCAGAAGAAGGCGUAGCUUCGGCCUUCGUGGUAGCAGAUACAAAUAUAAGGGUUAAAAUACCAGAACCUACUGUCACCAAAACCGUUAUAUGUUUGCUAGCAUCAUAUUACGUUUGGGACACAACGUAUCCAUUGGCAUAUUCGAAUGUAAUGGGAUUCAUCGACUAUAAGGUGCUUGGAACUGUCUCGAAAAACCAAAGAAUCCAAAAGUUUAUACGGAAACUGAACCAUAAGUUAGAAGUCACGCCGUAAGAUAUCCGCAGUAUAUUCUAGUUAUACAUAUAGACGAACUACUCUAACCCGAUCUAUGGCUCAUUCUCUGUAGGAUGUGGAACA